AUGCGUCUCACUAUCCGCGACAACAAGGAGCAGGCCGGCGCCUACAUUGCCGACUACAUCGCCAAGCGCAUCAACGCGUUCGAGCCUAGGGAGGGUCACCCCAACUUUGUUCUCGGCCUCCCGACUGGCGGGACUCCCAUGCCUGUGUACAGGCGCCUCGUCGAGCUGUACAACGAUGGCAAGGUCUCGUUCAAGGAUGUCAUCACCUUCAACAUGGACGAGUACGUCGGCAUCCCCCGCGACCACCCCGAGUCGUACCACACGUUCAUGUUCAAGAACUUCUUCUCCCUGACUGACAUCAACCCUAAGAACACCAACAUCCUCGACGGUAACGCCAAGGACCUGCACGGCGAGUGCGAGGCCUACGAGGCCAAGAUCAAGGCUGUCGGCGGCAUCGACCUCUUCCUCGGCGGCAUUGGUGUUGACGGGCACGUGGCGUUCAACGAGCCCGGCUCGUCGCUGAGCUCGCGCACUCGCAUCAAGACGCUCGCUUACGACACAAUUGUCGCCAACGCGCGCUUCUUCGACAACAACCUUGAUCUCGUCCCCCGCAUGUCCCUCACCGUCGGUGUGCAGACCGUCAUGGACGCGUGUGAGGUCGUUCUCCUCGCGACCGGACAGAACAAGGCGCUCGCGAUCUCGCAGAUGAUCGAGGGUGGCAUCAACCACAUGGUUACCGCGUCUGCGCUCCAGAUGCACCCCUGGGCACUGGUUGUGUGUGACGAGGACGCGACGGCUGAGCUCCGUGUCAAGACCGUCAAGUACUUUAAGAGUAUCGAAAAGGUCCAGGACGAGGUGGAUGCCAAGUACGGCGACUCUACACUCCGCCUGAACCACCCCACUCAGGUUUAG